CGCGAACCUCCAUCGCUUCCUUCACGACUUACGAUUUCCUUCACGAUGUCGGACGACGAGUUCUCUCAGAUGAUGGCCUCCGAUAUGGCGGAGAGGCUAGCGAAGAUACUCAAGGAGAACCCAGGAAUUAGUCAGGCAGACGCCAUGGCGAGAGUACAGCGGGAGAUGCUGAAGAACAACCCAUUCGUUCCCCCUGAGGGCUGCCCGGUCAACUCGCUGCCGGACGAGCUCCUUGCGUACAUAUUCACCGUUGGAGUGCAGCUGCAAGAAGAGGAGGAGGAAGACGACGAUGAUGACGACGAGGAGGAAGAGUUGUUGAUGCAGGACGACGGGGACGAUGAAUGGGAAGAUGAGGACUCGGUUGAGGGGCGUCCCUCCCGUCCAAAGAAGAAGAGCACAGCCCCGAAGGCCGGCGAAAAGGCGGAUGGGGAAGAGACGCAGACGGACAGCUCUACGGACUCCGAGGACGACGAUGAAGAUGAUGAUGACGAGGGCCCGGUCAUGCCAUUCCAGGUGCUUGUGUCGCAUGUAUGCCAGCGGUGGCGGCAAGUUGCACUUGAUACUCCCGAUCUAUGGACUACCGUGUACUUCACUGAGCCCUCGCCGUUCGAGAAGUCUCGGGCAUACGUCAAGCGGUCCAAGAACCGUCCACUCGACAUCAUCCUCAACCUCAGCAACCACGAGCACAGCGAGGACGAGGACGCGAUCGACGGCAGCGCGGUGGCGGAGCUUCAACCCGACGGCAACCUUACCGUCCGCCCGCGCGACUCUGCAGACCCCGAGGCGACCUACCCGUGCCCGAGUAACAUCUCAAAGGACGAAGUCAAGGAGAUUCUCGACAUCAUCAUCCCCGAGACCGAGCGGUGGCGACACUUCGAGCUCGAGACGGACUCGUAUGAGUACAUCUACGAGUUGCUGGACCGUUUAUCAAAGGUCGGUCCAGCACCAGAGCUCGAGGUCUUCCAGAUCUAUCACUACGAGAACUGCGAAGACUACCAGACCUUCCAACCCGCCGAGCUCGCCACGCCUUUCCGCAUAUUCGGUGGGACGACGCCAAAGCUCGAGAUGCUGGCCCUCUGGGGUGUGCACGUAGCAUGGGACGAAUGCGUGUCGAUGUUCGCAAAUUUGAAGGACCUCGAGCUUGCGUACCAUGCUAGUGACGUGCGGCCCUCCUUCGAGACCUUCAUUAAGAUGAUUUCGUCCGAAAACCUCAAGACGUUGGCUAUUUCCCUCUCUGGUCCCGCAGGUGACCCGAAGGAAUGGCCGACGGACAUCAUCGAGCUACCCUCCGUUGUCGAAUUGAUCAUUUCCGACCACGAGAAGGCCUACAUCUCUCAGCUCAUGCACAUCCUCUCCUUUCCCAACGUCAAGCACCUCGUCGUUGACGCCAACAACGAGGACUUCACGGAGUUCGCCCUGCAGCUCGCCUCUCCCAUGCCCAACAAGUCUCGCUCCAUCCUCGCCGGCCUUGAGACGCUCAAGAUCGGCGGCCUGCCCUGCGACGAGAACGCUGCGAACGUGUUCCUCGACCAGCUGAGCGGCCUGCGGGAACUCAAGCUGAAGUGCCUUGACGGGCCCGAGCAAACGGAGGGCAUCUUCUUUCAGCUCCUCCAGAAGCCGCGCCCGGGCGCCGCCCAGGGUGAGGGUGAGGAGAAGGCCCCGAUGUACUGCCCGCGCCUCGAGAAGCUCGCGACGCAAGGCAUCGACGGGCAAACGAUGAAGGCCAUGGUGCAGGCACGGCAGGCCGCUGGCGCGCCGCUCAAGCACAUCUCCUUCAGCGACGACGACGAUGUGGACAUCCUCGACGAGAACUGGCUGCGCGAGCACGUCGAGACGCUCGACUUCUACGAGCCGUCGGACGAUGAGAGCGAGUAUGACGACGAGGAGUUGAGCGAGGACAUUGACGGCGAGGAUGUCAUCAUGCCCGGAGGCCUGGUCCUGCAUCUAUCGUGACUCGUGCCUGUGCUUGCUGCGCCGGUGCUAGCGUAUUUGCUAGUGACCUUUGCCUACUACUUCCUGGGGUCUAGCGUUCGGCUGGUGCAAGCACUCCUCCUCGGUGGUUCUGCGUGGGUGGCCGUGGUGCAACGGGAGCGCCUCGGAGACUACAUGCGGACUCACCGGUUCCCGUUCUGAAUUCGUUCGUUUCGAAUGACGGCAAUGUAAAAUUAUCAUGUAAAUGCUGUAGACGCUCACGACAUGUAUAUAUUGCGCAGACAACGCUGACCAGGCUCUUGUGGGGACUCA